UCUUACACUAAAACAAUAUGGGUAUUCGUAUUGUAAUUGCUGGAGAAUCUCAGUGCAAUUUGUUCGCAGAGAUUUGUUUGGUAGCUGAUUACUUAUCUCAAAACCUACCCAUAUUUUGCUACGAAAGUAUUGAAAAACCUGUGGCAGAAUGGAAGCCGUGGCUAUUUAAAUUAAACCAAAAUUAUAAAUGGCACCAUAUCGAAUCACCUGUUGUUUGGAAAGAGCUACUAAUGACUGGAAGUGCUCCGAUUUACAUAGGAGGAGCCAGUGAGUUUCUGGAAUAUAUUCAUUCCUACUACCAAUUUGAUGUUUUUAUUGCACCAAAAAGAUUUGAUCAUCUAGUAGAUUAUAGUGACCAAUUUCAAAAGAAAAUAAAACAGGAAGUUCAAACUGAAAAGAAAUUUAGUAAUUCUGAGUAUUUUGAAAGGAUUGAGAAAACUAGUUACACGGUAUGCAUUUCUGGGGCUGGAAAUCCUUUAGCCAUGUUUUUAAUAUCUGGGCUUUUGGAGACAUUUGGAAAAAUGAGAUUUUCUAAAAUAUACUUGUAUGACGAAGUCUGCUCACAACGUUUAAUGGAUUUUAUAGAAAAUGAAUGUAAUUACAUAGAGUCCGAUUAUUCGGGGAAAAUUGUAAAAUAUACAGAGAAGAUUGGAGUUGCCCUAACAAAUUCAGAUCUUUUAAUAUUAUUAAACUAUGUACCAUUUCGGUCAACGUAUUCCAUAGGAGAUUGGCUUUACAAGAACAAAAAACUCAUGGAAAGCAUGGCAGUUAAAAUAAAUGCUACUGCUUCACAGAAUAUGUAUAUUAUUUUACCAAACUUAGGACCUGCUUGCUAUAAUGCGACUAUACUCGCGAAUUCAUUAAAUAAAAUUGAUAAAAAUAAUAUAGUUGUAGUAACAUCGGAUUUAGGACUGGAUAUAUUACCAGUUGCCGCUGAGAUAGCGGAGGUACCUUUAAGAAAUUUGUUUUGUCCGCCAGUUUGGGGCUUCGUUGGUAUAAAUCAUCUGGCUGAUAUCCAGACAACAUUUCAUAAAUAUAAUAGUUUUGACCCUUAUGAUAGACACACAAAGGUGAGGAGUUCUACUCUAUGUAUUGGAACACUUACACCGGAAAUACGGACAAUGGAAUACUUGAUGUUUUUUGAUGAACGUUUGUGGAAAACUGUUGCUGAUAGAAAAGUAAGUAGUUCUGAGAGAAAGUUGUCCAUAAAUAAAGCUGUGGCAGUCUUAAAUUUAGUAAAAAUAUGGCUUUUUGACCGUAAUUCUAAUUACAUAGUAAAUUUAGGCAUUAAAUGUGAUGGAUCUUUUGGACUUAAUUUUAAGGGAUAUUUUUCUCAACCGGCUCAGUUGGUUAAUGGAGCGUGGAAACCGGCAAGUCAUUUUAUUCUUCCCAGAGAUCCACUAAUGAAAAUAUCAUAUUUAGAACGCAUGGCAGAAAUUGUAAUGAACUUGAAAAAAACUGAUUUGCCACAAGUAGCAGAAUACACUCCUUGCAUUUGUAAAGUGAAAGUGAAAAUCAACCUUUAGUAAGGUA